AUGAUGGCCGUCACGAAUCUACUUCGCUCCCUAUUCGGGCCGGCUAACAUAUCCAAUGCUGAGGAGGAGAAGGAGGUCAAAUUACAGGAUGUGAGUCCAGAGGACUACCCAACUCCCCAGAAGUAUCUCGAAGGCGCCCCUAUUCCGAGCUGGUACUCGUUCCAGAGCAAUCUGGUCGGCGACAUGGACCUGAAGCCGGGCAUGGCCCGCAUGCUUGAGGUCGACAAGAGACUGACUGUNNNNCAGAUCACAGGUGCUGAUGUUAUCCAUUCCUGGUCAGUGCCAUCACUGGGCAUCAAAUGUGAUGCUACACCCGGGCGCUUGGUGAAGAUCAACACCUUCAUCCAGCGUGAAGGCGUGUUCUACGGUCAGUGCUCGGAACUCUGUGGAACCCUCCAUGCAUUCAUGCCCAUUGUGGUCGAGGCGGUCAGCCCCGAGGCCUUCGCUGCUCACGCCAAGAAGUGGUAUAAGGACUAA